AUGUCCAUUAAAACUGCAAUUCUGACCUCAAAGGCUCCGAAGCCUCUUCCUGGCAUCUACAGUCAAGCCAUCGUGGCCAAUGGCUUCGUCUAUUGUUCAGGAGCCAUCGCCAUGGACACGACAGGAAAUAUUAUUGACGGUGAUAUUCAAGCUCAUACUCACCAAUGCAUCAAGAACCUUACCGCUGUUCUCAAGGAAGCAGGAACAACCAUCGAAAAGGUCAUCAAGGUCAAUGUGUUCUUGGCCGAUAUGAACGACUUUGCAAAGAUGAAUGAGGUGUACAAGACCUACUGGGGUGAUGUCAAGCCGAGUAGAACUUGUGUGGCUGUCAAGACGCUACCUUUGGGGACUGAUGUAGAGAUUGAGUGUGUCGCUGUACUAUAA